AUGGCACAGUGUCCUGCUCCAAGUGACCUAAAAGAUGCAGAUGGAGUGAAGCUCUGUGCAAGAAUGUUUGAACACAGCCAUUACUAUAAUGACCAGUCCUGUGGUGGGGCUCAGUUAGAUGUACGAAAAGAAGACGAUAUGCCCUACAUGCCCAAAGGAUGGAACAACAGGGCCUCUUCUUUGGUGGUAUCUAGUCGCUGUGAACUGAGAGUCUGGUCCAGAUCCCCAAAAGUAGGAAAUAAUCGCAAAUUCACCAGCGGCACAUACUACCAGCUGAAGGAUUACCGUUUAGGUCUCUUUGGCAACUGGAAUGAUGCUAUCUCCUCCUACUUUUGCUCAUGCACAUAA